CCUCCUCUCUCUGCAGGUGGCGUGGCUGCCGGAUGGGAGUGCCCCGGUGUGUCCGCGCUGGGUGAGGCCGGCGCAUGCACCAUGUCAUCAUGCGUCUCUAGCCAGCCUAGCAGUGACCGGGCCGCCCCCCAGGAUGAGCUGGGGGGCGGGGGCAGCAGCAGCGAAGGCCAGAAGCCCUGUGAGGCCCUGCGGGGCCUCUCGACCCUGAGCAUCCGCCUGGGCAUGGAGUCCUUCAUCGUGGUCACCGAGUGUGAGCCGGGCUGUGCCGUAGACCGUGGCCUGGCCCGGGCCCGGGCCCUGGAGGCCGAUGGCCAAGAGGUCCCCCUCGACGCCUCCGGGUCCCAGGCCCGGCCCCACCUCUCGGGUCGCAAGCUCUCCCUGCAGGAGCGGUCCCAGUUGGACGCGAAUGGACGCUGCGCGCACCCCGCCCUGCCCUCCUCGCCCGUCGGCUCCCCGCAGUUGUCGCCGCGGCUGCCCCGGCGGCCCACGGUGGAGUCCCACCACGUCUCCAUCACCGGCAUGCAGGAUUGUGUACAGCUGAAUCAGUACACACUGAAGGAUGAAAUUGGAAAGGGCUCCUAUGGCGUGGUCAAGUUGGCCUACAAUGAAAAUGACAAUACCUACUAUGCGAUGAAGGUGCUGUCCAAAAAGAAGCUGAUACGACAGGCGGGCUUUCCACGUCGCCCCCCACCCCGAGGCACCCGGCCAGCCCCGGGGGGCUGCAUCCAGCCCAGGGGCCCCAUUGAGCAGGUGUACCAGGAAAUCGCCAUCCUCAAGAAGCUGGACCACCCCAACGUGGUGAAGCUGGUGGAGGUCCUGGAUGACCCCAAUGAGGACCAUCUGUACAUGGUGUUUGAACUGGUCAACCAAGGGCCUGUGAUGGAAGUGCCCACCCUCAAACCGCUCUCUGAAGAUCAGGCCCGUUUCUACUUCCAGGAUCUGAUCAAGGGCAUCGAGUACUUACACUACCAGAAGAUCAUCCACCGGGACAUCAAACCUUCCAACCUGCUGGUGGGAGAAGAUGGGCACAUCAAGAUUGCCGACUUUGGUGUGAGCAAUGAGUUCAAGGGCAGUGAUGCGCUUCUCUCUAACACUGUGGGCACGCCCGCCUUCAUGGCACCCGAGUCACUCUCGGAGACCCGGAAGAUCUUCUCUGGGAAGGCCUUGGAUGUUUGGGCCAUGGGUGUGACGUUGUACUGCUUUGUGUUUGGCCAGUGCCCGUUCAUGGACGAGCGGAUCAUGUGUCUACACAGUAAGAUCAAGAGUCAGGCCUUGGAAUUUCCAGAUCAGCCCGACAUAGCCGAGGACUUGAAGGACCUGAUCACCCGCAUGCUGGACAAGAACCCCGAGUCCAGGAUCGUGGUGCCGGAGAUCAAGCUGCACCCCUGGGUCACGAGGCACGGGGCGGAGCCGUUGCCAUCGGAGGACGAGAACUGCACGCUGGUCGAGGUGACUGAAGAGGAGGUCGAGAAUUCGGUCAAACACAUUCCCAGCCUGGCGACCGUGAUCCUGGUGAAGACCAUGAUACGAAAACGCUCCUUUGGGAACCCGUUCGAGGGCAGCCGGCGGGAGGAGCGCUCGUUGUCAGCACCUGGAAACCUGCUCACCAAAAAACCAACCAGGGAGUGUGAGCCCCUCUCUGGGCCCAAGGAAGCAAGGCAGCGAAGACAGCCUCCGGGGCCCCGCCCCGCCCCCUGUAGGGGAGGAGGAAGUGCUCUUGUGAAAGGCGGUCCCCGAGUGGAGAGCUGGGGGCCCCCAGGCCCCGGCUCCCACGCACGCAUGCACCCUCUGCGGCCUGAUGAGGUGAUGGAGUAGCUGUCUGGACCUCGACCUCGCAUGCAGGCGUCUCACCUUCGGGGCUGCCUCCUGAGUUUCCAUAGCAGCAUGUCCUACGGAAACCGAGCACGUGUGUAGAGCCUUGACUGUCAUCUAUGGUUGUUUUUUUUCCUUUGUUGUUUUAAAGGGGACAAAAAAAAAAAAAAGACUUGACUCCGUGACAUCGACCUUGGCCGCUGGCUGGCUGAACAGGCGAGUGUGAGGAGUUGCAGACCCAAACCUACGUGCGUUUCGGGACAGUUGCUUUUUAAAACAUUUUUAUGCCAAAAAUCCUUCAUUGUGAACUCAGAACCAUGUCCGAUACACCAAGUGAAUGUGUGUGGGGUUUGAAAAUCAUGAAAAACGGGCAGAAAACUCCGGCGAUGUAGUCUGAGACCACAGAGUUAGUCUCUGCAUUUGAAAGGGAGAGAAAGAGUGGAUCUGACUCCUCGUGCAAAUCCUAAACCGUGGUACCUUCCAGAACCGUGGACUCAAGGGGUCAGGGCAGGGUUAGCCCUCAGUAGCUGCAGGGAGCUUCAAUACAACUUAUUCAUAAGAAAGACUUUUAAAUUUUUUUAUGGGUAGAGUUGUAGUCAGGAAAACGGAAAGGGCUUAAAGUUUAAUUGCUUCGCAAAGGGGAUUUUCCAACCCUGGAAGGGCAUUUGGUGGGAGAAGUUUCGCCUGAAGGACUGAACGGGUUUCUUAAGGACAACCACUCAAAGCAGGUUUCUGAAAUAGUUGACUGAGCUCUAGUAAAUCUCUUGUUAAAUUACAAAAACUUCAGGGUGAAAUCCUACACUUCCAUGUACAUUACAUGGCUUACAAGUAAACAAAAAAACCAUUUUCAAUUCUCUGACUAGGCUGAACUCUAGAGUAGUUCAGAAAUCAUUUAGAGCUUCCAGGAUAUAUUCCACGGCUUCAGGUAUGUGAUCGGAGUUAGAGCCAAUGAAAUCUAUGCCUGUAUAUUAGCAGCUUAGCUUGUUUAUAACCUCUGUAUUCUAGAGACUGCUAAGGAUUUGUUUUCUUCUUAAAUACUAGCUGAUUGUUGUAGCCAGCGAAACUUACUCAGUUUCUGGAGGGCCAGUUAGGAAGUACUUCCAUUCAACGGAGACACAAAUGAUCAUCCUUACCGGCAAAGCUCUGUUAGGAUCUACACAGUAACUUUGGGGCACCCUUUUCUAGAAGCUUGUUGAAACCCAGAGCACUUCUCAGGGCCCAGGGGAACUAGGCCUGGCACAGGAAGUUCCCUUUUGUGGCCAAAAGUCCAGAAAGAAAAGGUUUACCUUUUUGACUUCCAACUAGUGUUGGGAAGCUUGGUUGUAGUUCAAGUGUGACUUCUUCCAGAGUCACAGAUGGGUGAGAGUGAAGUUCAAGAGGGAGGAAAACGGGGAGGACAUUGCCCUGGGAGAUUCCCAGUCUUUGUGGAAUCUGGCUUGGGGGAAAUAGUGUCAGUAACUGGGCUCAGAAGGACGUGCUUUCCUGUAGUUUUUACCUGAUUCGUGUGGAUCCGAGGACUUUUGGCAGAGAGAGAAGCAAGGCCUUGUGCCCCCCUGCCCAGCAGAUUCACAGAGCCUGGGCGUUCUUGGCUUCCAUAGAUCUCCAUAAGCUCUUGACUGUCGUUUAGCUAGACUUUUCUCGCUAUCUUAUAAACAGUACAGAAUUAGGGAAUGCUCGUUUCCAAGAGCAGAGGACAGCCGUCUGAUGGAGGGCCGUCUGGCCUGCUUUCUUUGUUUUUGUAACCCACUACUUCCUCUCGCCCUACUGUGCUUGUUUAAAUUUAUGGGCUCCACCCUUCUGGGAGCAGAUGGGGUCUGGUUAGUUUGCAAUAAGCACCUUGCAGUGGUUCAAGUCAACUGGUCCUUAGUCUUAGUCCCAGCCUGUCUGUGUGGACUCUGGCCUGGCCGAGUGGCUCCCGCGGCUCGCCUGGAGGGCGGGCAGCACGCAGAGCUUCUGCAGAACUCCCCCUGUGUUUACACAGCCAUACUGGGCGACGCCAUUUCUUCCACCACGAAACUCCCCAUGUAAGAUUUCGUAGGUGGAAUGCCAGCGAUCAGGCAGCACCCCGCUGUUUAGGCGGGUGGGUUGGGGGAGGCCCAAGUUCAUAACUUUUUUUUUUUUUUUUUUUUAACAAAGAAACACCAAAGAAAGCUAUAGAAAGGAACCAUCACCCCUGAAAAGUAUGACAGGGCUGUAACAUAAAGCAUUAGAGCUACCACUUUUUUGGAGCACAAACAUUGAUUUUUCAAAAGCCAGCUCUUUCAGGAAAGGGGAGAAGCUGUUAGGAGCAGCUUUUCCGGGUGAGCAAAAAGGAUGCCUAUCAGUUUCUUCCGUUGCUGGCUCAUCUGUGGGACCAAUUUGGUGUAAGCAACCUGUGGCUUGCACCUGUGGCCUUGAAGGAAGCACAAGUUCUCUACCCGUCUUUCCUCCGUCCUGUUCCACUUCCCGCAUCUAGUCCUCAGCCUUGACAGUGGCUCCCAUAAAGCCUUAUCUAGCCCCUUGUUGGCACUUGGGGCCAGAGAGGCCAUCUCCCUACUGGUUCAGGUGCGUUAGGGCUCCUGUUCUCAAAGCCUUUCUGACACAAGGAGGCAAAUACCUGUGCGUUUAGACACAGAGGUCAACGUCGCUCUCACCCAUCUUCCAAAGGGGAGCUUCACGUUGCUGGGGGGGAAGAGCCAUGACCACCACUUGCUCCCAAGGUGCUAGGGAAGGUUUCAAGGUUGUCGGUUCCCAUCUUCUCUCCAGCUUUAUGGGCCGAGUUUCGUGGGACUGCUGACUUUUCUAUUCUGUGAUUGCUUUAAUGCCCGACGCUUCUGUUUUAUUCCUGAUCCUUUCUACUAUGCAUUUUCCUUUUAUCAGGUGUACAAAGUUAAAUACUGUGUAUUUAUCACUUAAAAGUACAUGAACUUGAGAAAAAUAAGCCUUUGGUGUUUUUCCACAGAUGUUUAAGCUUCUCUGUAAACUUGAAAUAAACAGACAGCAAAAUGGUGCAAA